AUGUCUGCCCCUAAGGAUGUCCAGUUCACCUUGAAAGUCAUGAUAAAUAGAGAUAAAACUAAGGUCCUCUUUGCAGAGGCAGACGGCGAUUUUUUCGACGUUUUAUUGAGCUUCCUGACAUUGCCAUUGGGAAAGAUCGCGAAAAUCAUCGUGGAACACUAUGGAGACGACAAGCCCGCUGUUGGGAGCUUGACCUCUUUGUACAAUGGCCUUGUCAAUCUUGAUGUUGUCCAUUUUCAUUCAGAGACCAGUAAACAAAUGCUGCUAAACCCGAGAAGCGUGUUUGAAAAAGAAUGCUGUAAGCUGAAGCUGAAUCUUAGUGAUUCCGAGCCCACCAAGUACUUUACAUGCGGACAGUCGUUCAGUAAAAAACACAAUUUCAGCAUGUACUAUGAUACUGUUAAAUGUGAUUGUGGGAAAUCUAUGAGUACUGAAACAGUAUUUUUAUCAUCUGAGGCUGCUGAAGAUGGCGAUGAUCGAGCUUUUUGCAAGAAAGGUGCUUCCUUUAUAAUUGGUGAUGAUAUGCGGGUGGUGCCUAAUGUGGCAGGGUCGGUCUUGAGGACUCUAGCGGAACUUGGUAUUAGGGACACCAAAGGGGCUGAGAUGAGGAAUGUGACAUUCGGAUAUAAUGAGACUAUAGAUUUGCUGAAAGGCAUUCUCGUUUCACGGACUCCUUUGACCGAUGUCAUAAUCGGCAAAGCUGUCAGUAAUUCCGGAGUUUUCAUACCAAAGACAGAAGAAGCAACUGUUUCCAACUCUCAGAAGCUGAUGAUAUUGAAGGUCAUGAAACAAAAAUCUUCACAAAAGUUAUUGUUCGCGCAAGCAGAUGACGAUUUUGCUGAUUUUCUCUUUAGUUUGCUCAUGAUCCCACUCGGUGGAGCUUUGUCACUCCUGGGGACCAACACUGGUGUUACAAGUUUAGACAAUUUCUACUUGAGUGUACAAAAUAUUAAUGGUGACAAGUUCUUGACUAAAGACAGGACCAAAUUUCGGAAAACCGAACUGCCAAUCGGGUAUAUGUCGCCAAACCAACUUCUCCCUCUAACCGAUGGAGGACAUGCUGAACUUCGUUAUGUUAGAGCCUCGGAAACUUAUCGGUGUUAUUUGUCUCCUUCAACCAUGACAUAUAGGCCGUCUACUUUGCUUCGUCUCAAGUCUCCAAAAGGCAAUGGGAAUUACGUGAAGGGGCCAACAAUGUACAUGGUGACCGAUGAUUUAACCGUGACUCCAUUGUGUGUGACCUCAAGCCUUUCUAUUUUGGACCGACUGGGAAUUCCAUUGUCUGAUGUGGAAGAGUUGGAGCUUAACAUUGGAUUGGAAGAGGCUCUGAGCAUUUUGAAGGCAUCUCUCACCUCGACUUCGGUGCUGACCAAUGGCCUUUUCGAACCAUCAAUAAGAAAGUGUGUGAAACAAGAACAGUGA